AUGAAUCACUCACGCGUGCUGAGGGCCACGAAUAUUGUGCUCCUGCUGUCGGGCUAUCAGAUAUAUUGGCUGGACUCCAAGACCCAGCGUUUCCGAUUGUCCCUGCCCUGGGUUGUCUAUAUCUUAGCGCUGGGGUGCAUAUAUGCGGCCUGCUUUGCCCUGCACUUAGAUGCAUCUUCAUCGAUGCUGACGAUUCUGAAAAAUGUAUCGUCAUUUCUUUUUGGACUGACAAGAUUGCAACUUUUCAUGGGUGUCAACGUGUUCGUUUAUGCGGUAUACUCAUCCGUAAGGGCUGUGGGAGUAAUCAACCCAUUGAUGGAGUCUUUGGCUGGAAAGGCAAGUGGAUUCCGGAAAGAGGAGGCCGUGGCCUAUGCUCUCUUGACCUCUACUUUUGGGAUAUUCCUUUGCUUUGGCUUCUACAUUGCCUACGAAAUGAAUUUCGAGCUGCCUCCACUCCAAGACGCCAUGAUUGGAACGGCUCUCUUUAUUCCACAUCUUUGUCUUGCCGGAUCCCUGAGAAUGUACAACAUUUUGGCCUGGCUAACGCGUGGACAGUUGAAGGAGAUCCAAACAAAUGUGGAGGAGGCACUUGGUGACAGCUUAAAGAAAGAUGAAGUGGAAAUUUCUUCCACAUCCUUCACGGUAUCUAUCAGUAAUUCCAAUCUGGACAGCCUCGAGAGUCUGCAUAAGCAAUUGGUGCUCCUUGGAACCCGAUUUGGUCGCUUUUUCAAGGCCAUGCAGCACUCUCUGUUGUUUCUGGUCACCAUGAAUGGCAAUUGUCUUCUAGUUGGGAUCUAUUCUUACGUUUACUAUCGAAAUACCUGGUAUGUGCUCUUUGAGGAUCGCAAAAGGAAAAUCUUCUAUGCGGCGAAUGCCUCCAUUUAUGCCUGCAUUGCUUCGGAUUAUGUGUGUCUUCUUUUGGUGCAGUUCUUUAUGGAAAAAGAGCGUCUUGGCUUUCAGACAAGCCUGGAUUCUUUUCUCUCUCAAAGAAAUGCUUUGUCGAAACGCAUUCGCUGUCUGGCCAAGGAUAUUAAGGGCACUCUACUCAACACUUUCCACCACAAAUUUCUCUCCCUUUGGCGCUCUAUUCAUUUCGUUUUGCUGCUAUUCUUUCAAGGUCUUAUUAUUGCCCUGAUUGUAAUGUAUCAUUAUUUGAGUGAUAAAAUUCAACAGUUGAAAGAACAAUUAGAUUCGGCAGAUGAUGAACUAAUAGUAUAGGAAAAAUAUCAAGCUCAAGGCAUAAUUAGAUAUCUACUCCAUCUACAAUCUCUAUCUUUCUUUGGGCAACAACUUCAUAUUAAUUAUCUUCAUAUGCAAAGCUUAAUCUAUAAAUUUAUCCGUUUGCCUGGGCCAAACAGUCCGGAGCAACAAAUCACGAUUACGAUGCUAAUAAAAUGGGCUCCGCUCCCCCAAUCAAAGUAAAAUGUUUGUGGCUUUCGUUAGAGAUGACCAAACUUAAGAGAAGUAACGAUAAAACUAGCGAAAUUUAAAUAAUAGUUUAAAAAUAUAUUUUUCAAUUAA